AAAUGCUUUGAAACCCCAAAACCAGAGCAGAUCGUAUAUAUCAAUGUUCGAAUCAAAUCCAAAACAAUAAAACAAAAAAAAAGACGCGAAAACGAGAUUUAGAUUGAAAACAAAGUCUCACUCUGACCUCUGAAUUCAAUUCCUUUACUUUACUUGUUUGGUUCAGUCUAAGAUUCGAAUUCGCUGAAGUCGAAGAAAGUCAUCGUUGUGAAAAAUCGAGUUCUUCAGUUAUGCACAGAUUUAAGGAUCGGAUAAUCAUGGCCACUGCAACUAUGGCCACUGCCGCUGGUGCAGCGGCUCUUUUAUAUUAUACAUUGAACCGGAAACUACAAUCGAGUGUGCCUAUAGAAGACGACGAGGAAAAUGGUACCGAUAUAAGCAAUCAUACUCCUUUAGGAAUCGAUCGAGUUUCUCAUAGACUUAUUCAAGCCCCUGCAACAUGGUUGGAGACGAUUUCGACCUUGUCGGAGACUCUUAGGUUUACCUAUUCUGAGACUUUAGGGAAGUGGCCUAUUGGGGAUUUGGCAUUUGGGAUCAACUUUCUUUUAAAGAGGCAGGGAAACUUGCAUGUCGCAAGUGUGUAUGGUGGGGAAGAAAGUUUACAGCUCAAAGGGCCUGAAAUAAAAGCCGAGCUUAGAUAUCUCCUAAAUUUGUUGACCCUUUGUUGGCACUUCUCGAAAAAACCAUUUCCAUUAUUUUUACAGGAGACGGGCUAUUCUGAAGGAAAUGUUCUCCUUCAGGAACCCAAAGCCGGAAUUUUGAAGCCGGCUUUUACAAUUCUAGUUGAUCACAAAACAAGAUUUUUCCUCUUACUGAUUCGUGGAACUCAUAGUAUCAAGGAUACUCUGACUGCUGCAACUGGAGCGGUGGUGCCAUUCCAUCACUCUGUUGUGCAUGAGGGGGGAGUUAGUAAUUUGGUCUUAGGUUAUGCACACUGCGGAAUGGUUGCAGCUGCUAGAUGGAUAGCAAAGCUUGCAACUCCUUGUCUUAUUAAAGCACUUGAUCAACAUCCUGAUUAUAAACUUAAGAUUGUGGGACACUCCUUGGGUGGUGGCACUGCAGCAAUUUUAACGUAUGUACUACGUGAGAGGAAGGAAUUGUCAACAGCUACUUGUGUGACAUUUGCACCAGCUGCUUGUAUGACAUGGGAGUUGGCAGAAUCAGGCAAUGACUUCAUUACUUCAGUUAUAAAUGGAGCUGAUUUGGUUCCUACAUUCUCAGCUGCUUCAGUGGAUGACUUGCGUGCUGAGGUGACUGCAUCUGCUUGGCUGAAUGAUCUUAGAAAUCAGAUUGAGCGUACAAGAAUCCUAAGUACUGUCUAUCGAUCUGCUUCAGCUUUGGGGUCUCGUCUUCCAUCAAUAGCCAGUGCUAGAGCAAAAGUUGCUGGGGCCGGUGCAAUUUUGCGUCCGGUUUCCAAUGGUACGCAGGUUGUGAUGAGGCGAGCCCAAAGCAUGGCUCAGGCAGCAUGGUCGCGUCCUUCUCUGCGGUUAUCCUCAUGGUCAUGCAUGGGCCCACGUCGUCGGCUCACAGCUGCUCAUUCAUUCUCCAAAGAAGAGGGGAGUGCUUUGGAAUCUUCUUCCCCUAGAACAGAAACUUCUGAACCUUUUCUCACACACACUCUUGAGACCACCACAUCUAUGGUGGAAGAAACCACAGAAGUUCCCAUUUCUUCAUCUCAAGCAAUGGUAUGGGAUUCAGAAAUAGAGUGCUCGUGUUCCAAUGAAAUGAGUCCACAUGCUGACAUGGAUCAUAAUCUCGAUGAUGGUGAAGAUCUCAUGGGCCACAACACACACGAAGACCGUAUGACUGAAGUUGAGUUAUGGCAACAAAUUGAAAACGAGCUUUACAAUCGUAUGGAAGGUGAGGAAGCUGACGUGGCGAAGGAAAUAAUGGAAGAAGAAGCAGCAGCCAUUGCGGAGGUAGCUGAGAGCCAGCCACAGUGCUCCUUGCCAGAAAUAAAGGAGGUGCAUAGAUUUUUCCCUCCAGGAAGGAUCAUGCAUAUAAUUACGCUUCUGUCUGACAAUGUCAGUUCUGUAGAUGAUAUAUCCAGUUCUAGUGACAGAGAUGAUGACCAGCCAGCAGAGACAAAGGCGGGGAUAUUCCACACCCCUAGGUCAUUGUAUAGUAAACUGAGGCUUUCACAAACGAUGAUAAGUGAUCACUUCAUGCCAGUUUAUAGAAGACAAAUUGAAAAGCUUAUUACCGAACUUGAGAAGGAAGAAGCAGCUUUGGACAACUGUCAUUCUGGUGAAAAACCAGGAGAGGCAGUGUAAUAAGGAUCAUUGGAUGACAUUUGGAUUUGGGUUUUUUUGGUACAGCCGUACCGAGACUCUCUUGGUUCCAACUCCAUGAUUUUCAGAAUGCAGUUAGCUCCAGAUCUUUAGUACUUCAUUGCCAUUGUUGAAAUGAGAAAGCAAAGCAUGCAGAUGGAAACCUCAAGAGUGAUGUUUUGACUGGAGCUCCUGAAAUCAUGCUUGUAAAUGAAAAUGUGGGAAGGUCGUGGUGCUGCACUGCAACCUUGACAAUAUGAUUCUUGAAAUCAUUGUCUUCUGUAAAGUAGUGUUUGGGCUGAAAUCAUGAUUUUUUUGAUUUUUCAAUCAAGUUUGUUUGUGUCCUAUUUGUUAUUAAUUCUAGCUUGACACUGUUCUAUCAGAUCGACUCAAGGAUGAAUGGCAUAGGCAAAGGGUUUGCUUUGCCAAUACAGGGAAGAAAUAAGAUUUUUAGUUCAACAGUGGCAUUCUGAACUAGAUUACUGGUUAUUUUUGUACCAGACUUGAUUAACCAUUUAUCUUGACAGCCUAA